AUCUCAGACAGCAGCCGGUAGCCAGGCAGAUUGGGUGGCACUACACAGGGACAGUUAACAGUGUAUCCCGAGUGAGCUGGAAGGCCGUUCUAAGUGAUUGGUUUUCUGAAUCCUGCUCCACGCGACCAGCAGAGACAUGAAUUACUCACGGUUCCUCACAGCAACGAGCCUGGCCAGAAAGCCAUCUCCCAUCAGAACUACAGUGGACAUACUGAGCAAAGCACCAAAAACCCUCAUCUCCCUGGCUCCUGGAUCUCCAAACCCGAGCACGUUCCCCUUUAAGUCAGCUGCCUUCACUGUGGAAAACGGAAGCACCAUCCGGUUUGAAGACGAUGUGAUCAAAAGGGCCCUCCAAUACUCUCCAAGCUAUGGAAUUCCAGAACUUCUGUCCUGGCUAAAACAGUUGCAAGUAAAAUUGCAUAAUCCCCCCACUGUCAACUACCCACCCAGUCAAGGACAGAUGGAUCUCUGCAUCACAUCCGGCUGCCAAGAUGGUCUCUGUAAGGCAUUUGAAAUGCUCAUCAAUCCUGGAGACACUAUCCUGGUCAAUGAACCACUGUUCCCAGGAACCCUUUAUGCUAUGAAACCACUAGGCUGCAACAUUAUUAAUGUCCCCAGUGAUGAGCAUGGGAUUAUUCCAGAGGGUCUCAAAAAAAUCCUUUCACAAUGGAAACCAGAAGAUUCCAAGGAUCCCACAAAAAAGACUCCAAAAUUUCUGUAUACUGUCCCAAAUGGCAACAACCCUACAGGCAACUCGUUGACAGGUGACCGCAAGAAGGAAAUUUAUGAGCUUGCAAGAAAAUAUGAUUUCCUCAUAAUAGAAGAUGACCCUUACUAUUUUCUUCAGUUCAGCAAGCCUUGGGAGCCAACUUUUCUCUCCAUGGAUGUUGAUGGAAGAGUUAUCAGAGCUGACACCUUUUCAAAAACCCUCUCCUCAGGGUUGAGAGUAGGGUUUAUGACUGGCCCUAAGACCUUGAUAGAGAAUAUUGUUCUCCACACACAAGUCGCAUCAGUACAUGCCUGUACUCUCUCACAGCUCAUGAUACUACAGCUUCUACACCAAUGGGGAGAAGAGGGUUUCCUGGCUCAUAUUGACAGAACUAUUGAUUUCUACAAGAACCAGAGGGAUUCCAUAUUGGCAGCUGCAGACAAGUGGUUACGUGGCUUGGCAGAGUGGCAUGUUCCCAAAGCUGGCAUGUUUCUAUGGAUUAAAGUUAAGGGAAUCUCCGAUACAAAACAACUGAUUGAAGAAAAGGCUAUUGAAAGAGAGGUCUUAUUUGUUCCUGGAAAUGGUUUCUUCAUUGAUGGUUCAGCUCCUACCUCCUUCUUCAGAGCAUCCUUCUCUCUGGCUACUCCAGCACAGAUGGAUACAGCCUUCCAGAGAUUGGCCCAACUGAUAAAAGAGUCUUUAUGAAGAAAUCAAACUCAGCAUUGGACUCAUAAUUUUUAAAUAAAUUACUUCUGUACUUUGCUGAAGAAAUGGUUGUUGCUGUUUGGCUGACAGGAUGGAUCCAGGUUGUGAAACAUCUGUUGCAAUUUCGCUGAACCACUUUAAAGUCCCCUUAAAUCCAUCACAUUGCCAAAUAGCUUUCUGAUCUACUUUUGCCCUUUGAUUAAUUUGCAACUGAAAAAACAUUAAAUUUUAUUGUAAAGAGCUCUAUAGCUGCUUUAUAAUAUCCAAUAAAUUUUUCUCAAAACUAA